GAGUAUACGAAGGUUUAACCGACGGUGGCGCAGAACACGUUGUCCGUGCUUUCUCAGUCUUCGCUUAUGGAGGCGACUCUUCUGUCCUCUCACCAGUUCAGCCCUCUACUCGUUCUAUCAAAGAGUGUCAAGAAUCGAGAUGGGCAGGCCGUACAUAAUCCCCAAUGCUAUCGUCCUUUCUGUGUGAGAACUCAUAUUUCCCAAAAGAAAAAUACAGAAGAAUUCAGCAGAAGGCCUUUUCAGUUGUUAAAUAGACAUUUUUUAUCGAAAGCAAACAGAAGGUUAUCUAUCUGUGCUUCAGACCAGCUCAGAAGUGACUAUAUGAAUGCCGAGGCAGCAUCUGCUGAGUCUCUUAAUCAUGAAUUUUUUCCACCAGCACCUGAUGCUGGUGCAGGUCUACUCAGUUCACAUGAUAUCAUUAGUAAUGGAACCGUGCAGUCCAGGCCUAAAAUGUUUAAAAACAGAUUCUUAAAUUUUGUACGAUUGGGUUCAGUCCUCAAUAAUGCUGCUGAAUCUUUUUUCAAGAGUGAGAUACGGCGGAGGCUUUUUGUGACAGCUGCAUUACUUGUCGUUAGUCGUGUUGGGUAUUUCAUUCCUCUGCCAGGGUUUGAUAGAAGGUUGAUACCUGAGGACUACCUCAGCUUUGUCUCAGGAUCAGUUGAUGAACUUGGUGAUUUCGCACCAGAACUUAAGCUUUCUCUUUUUCAACUUGGAAUCAGUCCUCAGAUUGCAGCAUCAAUUCUUAUGCAGGUACUUUCUCAUGUUGUUCCUUCCUUGGUGAAGCUGCGGAAAGAAGGCUUAGAUGGUCACGAGAAGAUUAAGAGUUAUAUAUGGUGGAUUUCGUUUGGUUUUGCAAUAGUGGAGGCCCUGACUCUUGCUUGUUACUCACUUCCAUAUUCCAUAUAUGCAGCUAGUCACAGGGUAAAGCAUGUGAUGGUCACAACUUCUCUAUUGGUGUGUGGUGCAAUGACUAUGACAUGGAUCUGUGACAAGAUAUCAGAGGCUGGAUUUGGUCAAGGAUCAUCUUUGAUUAUAUGUGUGGGAAUUUUGACUGGCUACACGGAUACGCUAUACAAGAUGUUAUCUCAACUCUCAGGAAGUGCUUUGAAUUGGUGGCCUUAUGUACUUGCAGUAUUAGGUGUUUUCACUAUAGUAACUAUGUGGGCAGUUGUUGUAACCGAGGGUUGCAGGAAAAUCAAGCUGCAGUACUAUGGUUUCAAACUUGCUUCUGCUGCGAGAGAGCACUCCCCAGUUACCGAGGUAGAGCCAUACAUUCCAUUUAAUAUAAAUCCAUCGGGAAUGCAGCCUGUUCUUACUACCACGUAUCUCUUGGCGUUUCCCAGCAUCAUUGCAAGUCUCAUUGGCUCGCGUUUUUGGGAACACGUGAGAGACGUACUGAACCCUGGAACUUCUCUCGGUGCUGAGCCAUGGGUUUACUAUACAAUUUAUGCAUUCUUUGUAUUUCUUUUCAACAUAUUUGACAUUGUAAGUAUUUUCUUGACCUACAAUUGAUUUCUACGUAAAUUUGUGCUGCUUGAUUUAGGUCUUGCAAUUCUUGUGUCUGUUAUCAUUCUCACAUGAUCAUAUUUUCCUUUUGGUUAUCAUCGAUCAAUUCCUUAUUGUAUUAUAUUGCAUCUUGAUAAUUACACUGUUCUUGCUUCAAUCUGCUCCAGAUAAUUUGCAUUGAUGUUUCAUAAUUUAUUUUUUGGGGAGUGGUCAUAUAUUAAGAUAUUAAAUGCAUUGAAUAGUUUGUGUGGCACUUGGAAAUUUGAAAAAAAAAUAAAAGCAUCGAUAGACCUAGAAGUCUGUUCAAAUUGUGGGUGAUGAGUAAAUUUUUUUCGUUGACCUUAUUUGGCCUGGUGUUGUAAGUAUGGCCAUGUUUAUGGUAUGCUGGGUUAUGCAUUAAUGAAUUUUGUUUCGCUGAAUCUUUCCAGAACCCCUCAUUUAGGUCAUUGAGGCUUAAUGUGUCCUGAUAGAUUGUUGGGUUGCUAGGAAAUAUUGCAUCCAUGACUAUAACUUGGUUAUGCUUAAAUUGCGGAUGGAUGAUUGACAACACAAGAAACGUACAUCAGAAAAGGGGUGCAGUGGGAAUGGAUUAGAUGAUGAAGUCAUUUGAGAUAUUCUGGCUAUGUAAAUUGUAAACUGAAAUGGAGACCAAUGGGUACUCCUUUUGAGGAGUGUUAUUGUCGGAGUAAAUGCACCACAAACAUAAGGAAAUGGCUCGACUUACUCGCAUAUUAUUUAGCAGAAGAUCUGGAUUUUUCAAUAUUGCUAUUUUAGAGGCAAAAAUUGAGAUAUUUACAAGUGUAUGGUGACUAUUCAAGAGGUAAUGUGGUAUACCUGAUUUUUUUCUUCUAUUAACCGGCACAUGCAUAUUUAGGCCAACAUGCCAAAGGAAAUUGCUGAUUACUUAAACAAAAUGGGUGCCAGAAUACCAAGCAUAAAGCCUGGAAAGGCCACCAUUGAAUAUUUGACGAGGAUCCAAGCUUCGACACGUUUUUGGGGUAUAUGUCUAUCUAAAUGUUUUAACUAACUAAAUCCAAUAUUGGCGCCAUUCUUCACCCCCUAUUUGUUUGCUUGCACUCUCUCUCUCCCUCUCCACUGUAUCGUGGCAAAUCAUGCAGGUGGAUUGCUGUUAAGUAUUUUGGCCACUACAUCUACUGUUCUGGAUCAUUAUUUACGCCGCAUCAAUGAGGGAUUUGCAAUAGGGUUUACAUCUGUUCUGAUCAUUGUGGGUUCCAUCAUUGAAUUGAGAAGAUCAUAUCAAGCUUAUAACGUGAUGCCAAGUUUAAGCAAAGCUUUAAGGCGAUAUGGUGUAUAACAUCUGAUGAGAGAGCACGGAAUUCUCAGUUGGACUAAUUGUUUCGUUGUUGUCAAGAUGUCUCCUAAAAACUAAAAUAUGGUCCUCUUGACAUCAGGAUCUCGUUUCUCAGCAAGAGCUUGAGAUUUAGGGGAGUGCAAUUAUAGCCACUACAAACAUAAUGCUAUAUUAGUCCAUUCUAUCGGUGCAAAAUCAUGUUUAAUAGCCAGUACAAAGAGAGAUUUUGUUUCAUAAUCAGCAAUUAGGGAGUGCGGAUUGUUAUUACACAAGCUGAUGUUCUACUAAUAACCAAUUUUGAAAUAGUGGAAUCCCCCUUAGAAACUGCAAAGUGAUGUAGUUAGAGUGUGCGGCAGGUGUUAUUGUUGCAGAAGCCUGUCAUUUGGCGCUAUUUUUGUUUGGUUAUGACCCGAGCAAUCAUCCAUAAAAGACAUGGCU